AUGGGCCGCGAGUGGCGAUCAGGAUGGCUGCUAGCCGUAUUGUUGGCAUUGGUCGGAGCACAACAACAGGCUGAAGACGUUCAAGAUGUCGUCAUUAUUGGAGCUGGACUGGCUGGGUUGUCGGCAGCGAAUAGGAUUCUUGAUCAAGCCCCCUCCACAAAGCUGCUUGUGCUCGAAGCGAAAGAAGCGAGUGGCGGUCGUCUCCUCUCCCAUCAGAUGAAGACCGCCCAGGGCCAGCAGACCGUCGACAUCGGCUCGCAGUGGAUCGGCCCAAAGCACACUGCCCUCCUCGAGUUGGUCCAGAAAUUCGGGUUGACCGCUGAAGUUCAGCCAAUCUGCGGCGAGCGCAUCAUCCUCAGCAAGAACACCGCGGGUACCAACUUUUUGAGCAGGAGGAGGAAGAGAUCGUACCAGUGGUCAUCUCUCGGCACGAGCCCCUCAAUCUCUGAUGUCUUCUCCUCGUCUGACCUUGCCGAAUUUGGUGGAGAAUCCGCCGCCGGUUUCAUCAAGAGCGGAAAUCUCGAUUCUGUCGAUGGAGAUGGCAUUCGACGACUUCUGCAGGUCUUUUACGAUGCCCCCGACACCACCGUAUCCGCCCUCCAGCUCCUCCUGACGGCCAGCAGCGAGAAUUCAACGAUCGACGAUGUGCUCUCGGAAAUGGGCCACGGUACUGGGCUUCGAGUCAAAGAGGGAUUGGGACAGUUGGUUAGCAAUCUGGCUACCCGCGACGGCUUGACGAUCACCUACAGCUCGCCAGUAACCGCGAUUUCACAAGAAGACGACGGCACGCAAACGAUCACGGCUGGAGGCAAGAAAUAUUCGGCAAAACAGGUGAUCAUCGCCGUGCCGCCAGCCAUCGCCGCCGGAAUCGACGUCAGCCCGGCGUUGCCCCAGAAUUUGGCCGCUUUUCUUGGUUCCUACAAGCCCCGCGGAUUCGCCACCUACUUUACCCUGACCUACGCGGCCCCAUUCUGGCGUGAAAACGGCAAUUCCGGACAGAUCAUCUACGCUGGCACUGGCGGUGAUCUGCUGUGGUUGACGACAUUCGACACGAGCGACAAUAACGGAUGCGCGUUCGAAGGAACGCCCGGCGUGCUGUGGGGAAUUGCCCAUUUUGGCAGCGAUUCGCUGAAUGCUGAUCAGAGGUAUGCCGCCUACGUCAAAGUGAUGGCAGAAGCUUUCCCGAAUUCUGGCGAUCCGCUUGAUCAUUUCGACUACCAAUUCUACGACGAUGAAUACGCGCUCGGCUCCGUUGGCACGCUGCCAGUACUGCAUAAUACUGAUGACGUCGCCGCCUUCUUCGAGGCGUUCAACACCGAUGGGCCACAACUCAACCAGGAGCCUCCACUUCGCCUCGGCCGAGUACUCCUCCACGUCGAUGGGGAUGAUGAACGGAGCGGUCGUGCAGGGACAACAUACGAAUCGACGACGCCGUUCGUCUACGAAACGAGCAGCCAAUACGAGGCCACCACCCCGGAUACGACUGUCACUCCACCCGAGCAGAAGCAGUACGACUUCCCCUACAGUACCAGCACGCAGUAUGCGCCGGAAGAUCUUGGCUACGGUGAAGCUUCGACCACCGAAUCCCCCGAAAAUUCCACCCUUCCCGACGGAUUUGUGCCCGAUCUCGCACCCCCACCCUCGAAUCUCACCUCAAACGGCACCGACACCGCCUACCCGGAUGACCUUAUCAGCGCCGUCGGCCUGAACGCGACGCAACCGUCCAACGAAACUGAGCUCAACCCGACCGCCUCGCUGGACACAACGAACUCGACUACACCCGAAAACACGACCGACUUUGACGUCUCCAACGUGACGAGCCCCAACAAUGCGACCGAAUUGGACGACUCUGCCUUCAACGCGACGACCCCACUGACGAACAGCACCGAUUCGGGCGAGGGGCCCGAAUUCGCCCGGCUGACCGUUCUCCGCGAUGUCCAAUCUGUCCCGCAGCAGGAUGAUAUGGAGAACAGCACCAGCCCCACCACAGAAGCUUUCGUCUAUCAAACCUCAUCGCAAUAUCCCCCAGGAGCUUUUGAUGACAACGAGCCUGAAGCGAGCAGCCAGCCGCCAGCCAGCAGCACCACCUACGCCUUCCUCUACCAAACUUCCAGCCAGUACCCGCUAGAAGUUGCGGCUUUGCCCGAAGCCACGAGUGUACAGCCCGAUCUGAACACGCUGCUCCUCGCCGACGAACCACUCGUCCAACUUCUCAACGCGACAACACCAGAAGCCCCGGCCGCAACGAGCAAUGCGACGGAAUCGGCCGAAGAUCUCAUCCAGGAGGCCGUGCAAACCGUCGAGCAGAACAUCAAAAAGGUCAGGGUU